GAACCUAUGAUUUCCGUUCAUACUGGAUUCUAAUGUUUGCUGGGACAGUAAUGAACUUUCGUUUUGUCAAGGCUAAAAGUUAUCUGGGCAAGCUGUCCUGUAGAACUAAAAUGUCAUUUCUAACAGCAAAUCGUGAACAGUUUUGGAGUUUUCAGAAAGCAUCAAGUUAGGGUCGAUUUACGGGGAGAAUUGUCUUCACCCAGCCAUGUGCCUUGUAUCGGUACUGGCGCAUGUGACUCUUGUCCUCCACCUGUUUGGACCGUCGAUUUCUUGUCAAAAGACCGCACGGCGACCUGUCUUAACCGCUAGCGAGUACUGGUCUCUUACUGAUUUGGACCGACCCAACCUGUCACUUUCCACCCUUUCACUGAACAAUUCAAAUGUGUGUGUGCGUGCGACUAUACGCAUGAGGCCACUGGCAGUUGAAGAAAACCGUCGUAUCCAUAUCGUGUUUUUGGAGCAGGCAUCUAACACUAACAGCAGGGUGAUGAUUUGGAGAAGCCGCUCCAAGAACAACACACUGUUGUGGAAAGAAAGAAACCAGAGGAAGACUAAAAUUAAGACCAAUCACUCAUAUUGGGAUUCUGAUAAACCUGGCGUCAAACAGACGACUCUGUGGAAGCUAGAGUAUGACUGUUUCCAGACUCAGCCGGGGUAUCGAAUCCACGUCUCUGUAUACCAGUAUGGCAACACAAUUGCUGAAACAUUUUACACAGCAGAAAACAGCAAGAGAGCAGAUGCAACAGUCCCAGAACACAAACUGUAUGUGGACCAGCAGCUAAGACGUGUUGUGGUUGAUGUAAAGGGGACAAACCCGGUGAACGUCAGACUGUGUUACAGUGCGCCUACACAUGAAGAGUGUAAAGACCUUUCUCCCCCUGUUCACUGGCAUAUUAAUUCCACUCAUUCUUCCAUGGUUAAUCUGACAUUUCCCUUCCUGCUGCCUUGUUUAUGUGUCCAGCUUCAUUAUGCUGAAUCUGAUGCUAGGAGAAUCAAAAAGUGCCCAUUUGAGGACAUGUCAUUUAAUGAUGGCAGUGACGUGCUAGCCUCUGGUUCAGUGAGACAUUACACUUCGUCCAGUCUAUUAUGGCAGCCUGUGUGCCACUCUGCCCAGUUAAAACCCUCUGCCUCCCUCUGCUGGAAUCACCAUGGCAACCUCAUGAGCUGUGCUGUUUUACCCAACACCACACUGCCAGAAAACAACCUGAUAUACAAUAUGUCUGCUGUGGAUGAGCACCCUCAAAUGUGUGUAAAGUUCUCUCUGAAUGGAGCCCAGCGCAUUGAAUGCCCCUUCCAGUCAGGUUUGAAAUCUCAGUAUGAGAUAAAAAUAGCCCCUGGUUCACUGGGUUUCCAAGUGUACUUCACCUCAAAGAUCCCAGCAUCCUUUGCGGCCCAGCUCUGUGUUUGGGAGAGUGGAGAAUGUGUUGCCAAAGGCAAUGUCCACAUUGUUGAAACGGAAAGAGGUUUCACAGACACUGUAUUGGCCCUGCCUGUUGCGUAUCUCUCUUCUGGAUUGUGCGUAAAGGUGUGGCGGUCUUACCCUCCCCUUUACGGACAGAGGAUCAUUUGUCCCGUCGACUCCAACAGGAGAUGGGGUCUCAUUGCGGGUGCUGCUUUUGUCCUGGUGCUCACUCUAACAGUUCUGGGCCUGGUCACCUUCAGCAUGCUUCAAAGGAGAAUCUCAGUGUGGAAGCAUUCAGGCAGAAGACCAGUGUUGUUGGUGUGCUCAUCUGAUGAUGCAGCUCAUGUAUCUGCAGUAUGUGCGUUGGCUUCUGGCCUGCAGGGAGAGCUAUGUGUAGGCAUCAGGCUGGCGCAGUGGGCACAGUGUGGUGCCCAGACCUCUCUGGCCCAGCUUGGGCCUGCGCCCUGGUUCUAUGGGCAGUACCAAGCUGUGCAACAGGGAGGGGGCAAAGUUCUCAUUGCCUGGAGCUCUGAUGCCCGAAAGGCUUUUCAUACAUGGAGAGAGAGAGAGAUGGUGGAAGUCAAGAAGUGUAAAUCAGAGAAAGGAGUAGGAAAUGAGUUGGAGGGGAAAGGGACGACAGACGAAGAGAGUGAGAGCCGAAGAGAGGGAUGGAUGGACAAUCAGACAAGGAAAAAGCAUGACAUGAAUGGGCAGAUGAAGAAGUACAGCAACAGGCCAAGAGAAAGACUGCAAGAAUGCAAAAAAGAGGAAAUGAAAGAAGAACACCGCAAAACAUGCUCAAGUUCAAUUACGGGUCCUGUGUUCAAUGCUGCCCUUUCCUGCCUGUGGAUGGAGUUACAGGGUGCUGGGCGGGGCCAGGACAUUGCUUUGAUAUACUUUCAAGGCCAAAGUAGCAGCUGUCACAUCCCAAAGGACUUGAGGGGUGUUCAGAGAUACUGCCUGCCCAGGGACCUGCCUAAGUUAGUACAAGAGCUGACUGUGACAGGGUCAAGGGUAGGGGCAGAGGAAACAAUGGAUGGCUGGCAGUGCUGGCCCCAACUUCUUUCCAAAAUGUUCUCCCUCCGGUUAUCAAGGCAACUGGCUAAAAGACUGAGCGUGUGGCACCCUCAGACAGGCGGGUCGCCAUGCCAAUCAGGGUCUCCUCUGAUGCUAAAGUUAUUACAGGAAUGGAAGAAAGAUAAAAACAGAAAGAAGACAAAGAAGAAAAAAAGAAAAGGAAGGCCAAGCCAAGACUUGUCCCAAAGGGCAACGUGCGAGUCAAAAGAGAAGGUGAAAGAGAAAGUGAAAGAGAAGUUAGGCAGAGAGGCAGCUGAGGCAGAGAGUGAAAAGCUCAUGUUGCAACUUUAAAUGACAACUUUUUUAAACCACAGGACCCACUCAUACUAGCGUCUCCACAGAAACGUGAAGUUAACUAGGGAAUGUGUGUAAUCUCUCAGUACCCACCACCACUCUCCGCUUUGCACCCCCCCAAAUCUCUGAUGGACAAGUUUACAUAUCACACACGGAUACAUGUACAGAUGUUUUGUUUUUGAUAGUUUGCUUUCCCAUGGAAUAUUUAGUUGUUGAAAGCUACCUAAGACCUACAGUUGGCAGAAGGCCUAAACCUGGCUUUCUGCCCACCAUCCCUUUCUGUUACAGCUCUACACAGCUGGGCUUGGAUUAGCCCUACAUUAAUUUAUAUUUCCAUGGUUUUACAUAAAAAACAAAAACAAGUUGUCAAAUUGUGGGUAUAUGCAUAGGUUAAUGUAUGUCAGUGUUUCUAAGUUGUGCAUGUAUCUGCGAGGUGAGCACGCCCACUCAUGGUCAAUCCUUGAGGCCCACAGUAACAUGGGCUCCUCAUUUCAUCUGAGCACUGGCUCUCAGUUGUUCUCACAGCCCUGGAAACAGGGAUAAAGUCUUGUCUUAUUGGCUGGCAACCAGAUAUCCCACCCACUGGCACCAACAGUCAAAUAUAUGCAAAUGUUUAUCAGCAGAUGGAGAGAGAUGACGAUGUCUUAAAACUGAGGUUCAACACAUUUACAUGAUCUGCCAACAUUUUUGCAUUUAAAUAUAACUGCAGUAUUAUAUGUCUUUAUAUAUUUAUAUAGUCAUACAGACCAAACAACUCAUAAACAUGGAGUCUGAAUUCAUGCUUUCUGUUUUGCAUGCAUAUGUAUGCAUCUGUGGUUGUACACAGGUCAAGACAGGCUGUUUUUAUUAAAAUAAGUUAUUAAUGAUAUCAAAGACAGGUGGUAUUGUUUAUAACCAUGUAAUAUGUUCACAUUUCAGCAGACAGUCCUGUGUAAGAAUGUAUUGUCACAAAAACAAUUUAACAAGCUGCACCAUUUUUAUGUAUGUUUCACGUUUCUCUCAAUGUGUAAACAGUGCAUAAAAACAGGUUUGUAUGCAGUGUUGUGACAGUCUGCUCUGCACAGGUAUGGGGAGAGUUUUGUGUUCAUACUUGUGCAGCGUACCAUUUUUCAUACCGACGCAGUACGAUAAGCUUCAACAAUCUAACCAUUAGUGUUCAGAAAACUGUGAAAAACCAUUGUGUGGUGACUUGCACACUUGGAAUGCAACAAAAUGAGUUUAUUCUCAGAGCUCAAGAAACCAUUUCAUCAUUUAAUUUCUACAACAGCACCAUUAGUAAAUUAGCAACGGAUCAGAAUUUGUUCAUACUGGUACAUUUUUUAUUUGUGCGUAAUUGCAUG